CUGUAUUUAUUUAUAUCUUUGAGUCAGUUGCAUUGCGAAGUGGAAGAAUAUUUCCUCUUUUAGCGAAGUUUGCGUCUUUURAAAGCUUUUAAAUAUGCCUAUUGAAGAUACAUUAUUUCAGCUGAAGUUUACAACAAAACAGCUGGAAAGAUAUGCUAAAAAGUGUGAAAAAGAUCAGAAAGUCCAAGAAUCUAAAAUAAAAAAGGCUAUAAGCCAAAAGAAUGUCGAAGGUGCAAGAAUUUAUGCUGAAAAUGCUAUCAGAAAGAAGAAUGAAGGAUUAAACUUUCUAAGACUUGCAUCAAGAGUGGAUGCUGUGGCAUCUAAAGUCCAGACAGCAAUGAUGAUGAAACAGGUCAGCAAAAACAUGGAGGGUGUCACCAAAGGACUUGACAAAGCAAUGAAAUCCAUGGAUCUAGAGAAGAUCUCUACAACAAUGGAAAAGUUUGAAGGUCUGUUUGAGGACCUGGAUGUUAACACUCAGGUGAUGGAAAAUGCAAUGGGAGAAGCAACAACGCUUACAACUCCACAAGAUCAAGUUGAGGCUCUUAUCAACCAAGUUGCUGAAGAAAAUGGUUUAGAAAUAAUGAGUGAAUUAGAGAAAGUACAACCAGGAACAUCGUCACUAAAACAGAGUGAAACUGAACGGUCUGCAAAGGAGGAAGAUCAACUUUCACGGAGGCUGGCUGCAUUGAGGAAUUGAAGCUAAAAAAUUMAUGUACCAUAUAUGACUGAAUUGUAAAUAUCAAUAUUUUCAUAACUGUGUCAUUCUGGUUACUUUUAUGUUACUGUAUGAUUCUUGAUUGGUAUAAUGUAUUGUAGAUUUAUUGUAGUACAAGACAUGUCUAUAAAAUGUUUGGCUGAAUAAAAAUAAAUAUUAUGGUUGUUUUAAGUAGUMGGGUACAAUAGUUUGUAAAACAAAGUGCGCAAUAUCAUUUGUUUGUACAAUUAUUUCAUUAUUCAGUAUAAAAUACAUCAAAUUCCAUGACUGUACUGUAAUGAUUCAUAUGUUGAAAGUAUGAUGUCAUUAUUAUUAAUAUCAAUAAAGGUUUUAGCAAUUUUACCUUA